GAAGGUUUACACCUUCUCCUCCCUCUCAUUUCUCUUUUCGCUGAGGUAUCAAUCGGAUUGCUUCGUAGGGUCCAACGAGUAAUUAGGCUUCAGCGGAAGAUUUUACGGGGCGCUAUUAUGUUGUUGACAGAAGAAAUUAAUAUCCAGGUGAGAGAUUCACGUUCUAUUCUGGAUUUCUCGCAUAACUGGCCGAUGAAGUUAGGGCCGCGAAGGUUGGGUUGGAGGGGCGUUGGCGGAGGCCGGAUUGGAGCGGUGGAUGGAGAUUGUCGGAUUUGCGCGGCUUCCGGGGACCUUUUGGCGCGGCUUGCUGGCGCGGAGGGGAGCAAGUUUGUGGGACAGAUUGGUGGUUUCAGCCACGAGAGUGAGCACGAUCUAGCGGUGAUGGUGAGUGAUUUUUUGGAGAAUAGGAGUGCCGGCGAGGAGUCGAUGUUCAGUAGUGACAGUGAUUCCGGGAUUUCUGAUCCCAAUCGAUUCGCAGAGAAAGUCCUGUUCCUUAAAAACUCUGUUGAUCAAUUUGAGAGCGCACUAUCAUCAUCUGUUCAAACUUAUCUGCUCUCCCUCCAUGAUACCGACCUUCUUUCCUCCGGUGGCAGCCAAUGCCAUGGUCGGUGUAUCAGGCAAGCACUGGUAAAGCUUCUUUGUCUUUCUGGCUACGACGCUGCUGUUUGUUCUUCCAAAUGGCAAGGUUUUGGCAAAGUCCCUGGAGGUGAUCAUGAAUACAUUGAUGUAAUUCAUUCUGGAAAAACAGGGAGUUCUGAAAGACUAAUCGUCGAUAUCGACUUCCGAAGCCACUUCGAAAUAGCUAGAGCCAUUACAUCUUAUGAUGCAGUUUUUAAUUCUUUGCCAGUCAUUUAUAUCGGUUCCAUGUCCAAGCUUAAACUUUUACUACAAAUCAUGGUCGAUGCUGCAAAAUUUUCUCUCAAGCAGAACUCCAUGCCUCUCCCGCCAUGGAGAUCUCUUGCUUAUUUGCAGGCGAAAUGGCAGUCUGAAUAUGUGAGGGUCUGCUGCCUUGAUGCGCAGAGCAACCUUCUCUUCGAUCCAUUAGAUCAUCCGCGGUGCAUUGGACGCCUGAAUAGGCUCAAAUCAUCGCUUCUUUCUGAUUGAAGCACAGAGGCAAGUUACAUAUACGAGUUAUUUUAGAAUCUCAAGCAGUUUUGAAUUUUUUAAUUCAUUUUCUUACAGAUUUAAGUCGAGUGAGGUUCAAUAAGCUGCCAUUUUGUGAAGGCGGCAAGCAGUGUGGUUCAUUUAGUUUUGCAAUUUUUUUUAUUUUUUAUUUUCUAUACUUUCAUUUUUGCUUAGUCCGUAGGAAAAUUUGUUUGAUGCCUUCAUUUUGUUGAUUUGUUUUGUACACACAAUAUAUGGGGAAACGGAUCUAA